UAGCCAAAAUUCCAGUUAUCAACUUAUAACCUUUGUCUCUUAAGAUAGAAGAAUGAUUAAUAUGAGUAUGUGACUAGACAUAAGCUGUAAUUUUUUAUAUUCUUCUAGAAACGAGGUAAGAUGCUGAACAAUGAACCUGUCCAACUUUUAAAGUUUCAUGGGGCAGAGACCGUGAAAAGUAUAUGGAAGCCACAAUAUGGAAUUUGCAACAGCAGUAGCAGUUUUUUUCCUGUCUUUAGAAAAAAGCAACAAAGUUCAUAUUGUUCACGUUGACAAAAUCCACAAAAAUAUAUGUUACACUGUCAAUAGAUUCAAACCAGUGUACUUAUAUAUCUGGCGUAGGCUGAUUUGCAUACUUAUAAUGACUCCCCUCUGCAUAUAUAUGCAUGGUGUUUCUACUUUUGAUCAAUGAGACUUGCCAUGUCUACUUCUUCAAAGAGCAUCAUCUGUUACAGCGAAGAAGAUACUGAACUUAGAAGAGGGCCAUGGAGUAUUGAAGAGGAUGAUCUUCUUGGCAAUUACAUUGCCAAUCAUGGAGAAGGGAGAUGGAAUUUGGUUGCUAUACGUGCAGGAUUAAGGAGAACAGGAAAGAGUUGCAGAUUAAGGUGGCUAAAUUAUCUAAAGCCAGAUGUUAAACGAGGCAAUUUAACCUCAGAGGAGCAGCUUUUGAUUUUUGAACUCCACUCAAAGUGGGGUAACAGGUGGUCAAAAAUUGCACAACAGCUGCCAGGCAGAACAGACAAUGAAAUAAAGAACUAUUGGAGAACAAGGAUUCAGAAACAAGCGAGAUAUAUGAAAUCUGAGACACAGAGAACAACAGGAUUUGUAGAAUUUUUCAAGGGUCUACAGAUGACAAGAUGUCUUCAUAAAGCACAAGAAUCAUCUCCUUCAGCCAUGUCACUCCAAGACCAAGAAAUUCCUAUGCCUUCUGAUGGUGGUUCUCACUAUUCAUCAUUUGGGAUUGAGGCAACACCAGAAACACAACAUUUGAAUCAGCAUGAGCAGAACUCAGACUCUGAGCACAACAAUGGUUCAAGCAUUUCCAAUUCAGAAUCAGUAAAUAUCCAAUAUAUGACUCAGCCUUUAGGGUGCACUACAAAUCAAUUCCAGGCCUUAGACAACUAUGAUUUUGGCAUCUGUUCAUAUGAUAGCUACAACAUAGAUAACAGUGCCUAUGACAUGGAUUCAUUCAACCUGGCAGCCACAAUGGAUGCUCAGAAUCUGACACUCCCAGUUAUUGGUUGCCAAAUAUCAGAAACCAACUCGCUAAAUAUGGAAUCUGAAUGCAGCACAAGGAGCAAUGAUGAAUUAUGGCAAUUUAUGAACAUAUAA